AUGUUUAAGAAGGGAACAAAUAUCCGUGAUCUAUUUGCCGAGAGUGAGAAACCAAUCCAGAUAAUCUUGAAGCGAAGAGCAUCUCAAGACAGUAGAAUAGAUUCUGAUAUCCUAGUGCCUCCCCUGGUGAGUGUGUCACCGAAAUUGAUGGCAUAACCCAAAUUCAGUGUCCAUGUUUCUCAGGCUCAAAUUCACAGUCCAGAGAGGAAGACUUAUUAUUUGGGAGAGUUGAAGACGACAAAGAGGAAACCUUUGCCGCACAGCAAUAGCAUAACAAUUAAGGUAGCAAUUUUCGGGAUUAAGUUUAAGAAUACGAAUUUGAGUACGACGUUGACGACUAAUCAGUAUAAUACUUAUGUUGGGAAGAUCAAUUACACGUUGAAAUUUGUCAUAGGAUGGGGAGGAUUUGGAAAAGUGUGGAAAGUGGAACACAAAAGAUCCAGAUAAAUCUUUGCAAUGAAAGAAUUAUAAAAAGCCAAAAUUUUAGGCAAGAACUCAGUAAAAUCUGUGUUAAAUGAAAAGAAUCUACUCUCCAAAUUGAAACAUCCUUUUAUAGUAAACAUCGUGGCUGCAUUUCAAGAUAGAGAAACACUAUAUUUGGUCAUGGAUUACUUGCCAGGAGGAGAUCUCAGAUUCCAUUUGAUAUUAAAUAAACAAUUUAAGGAGGAUCAAAUAAAAUUUUUUAUAGGUUGUUUGAUAUUGGGAUUGGAGUAUAUGCAUACUAAUUAGAUCAUCCAUAGAGAUUUGAAACCAGAAAAUCUUGUAUUUGAUUAACAGGGUUAUUUGAGAAUCACAGAUUUGGGGAUUGCUCGAUUGCAUAAAUUGGACAAUCACAAUGAAACGAGUGGCACUCCUGGUUACAUGGCACCUGAAGUCUUGUUACGGUAGAAUCACUCUUAUGGUGUUGAUUAUUUUGCAUUGGGAGUGAUGACAUAUGAAUUGAUCACUCGCAAAAGACCCUAUACAGGAAGAUCUCGCAAGGAAGUCAGAGAUGAAAUACUUGGAAGACAAGUCUUACUCAGUCAAAAGGAAUGUCCCAAUUAUUCAGCAUCCAUUAUUGAUUUCACCAACAAAUUGAUACAGAGGAAAUAAUCUUUGAGGUUGGGAAUUGGAGGAAUAUCUUAAUUGAAGGAUCAUCCAUGGUUUAAUGGCUUCGAUUGGGUGAGUCUGUAUAGCAAAAAGAUGGCUGCUCCCUAUUAACCAAAAUGCGAAGAGUACAACAGGAAGUUGCAAUAAGGACAUUAGGAAUCAGACAAAACUUUGAUUGAGGAAUUUACAAAAUAAUUGAGGAUUAAGGAAGUGUAGUAAUAAUUUGAUGGAUACACAUAUAUUCAUUCCUAGUGA